AUGUCAGCCAUCCUGUCGGCCGACGAUCUGAACGACUUCAUCUCGCCCGGCGUCGCCUGCAUUAAGCCCGUCGAGACCCUGCCCGCCCCGCCCCCACCAAGCGACGAAGCCCUCGAGCACGAGGUCAUCCUCGACGGCCAUCCAUCCUCGGCCGCCAACAAUGGCAAUGCCCCAGCACAGAUAUCACUCACAGACUGCCUCGCUUGCUCCGGGUGCGUCACGUCCGCCGAGGCCGUCCUGGUCAGCCUCCAGAGCCACAGUGAGGUCCUGAGUCUCCUGGACUCGGCGCCGGGGUUGCAGGUGCGGCAGAGCGAGAGCGGCCAGUGGAGUGUCGAUGGGCUGGAGGACCCCGAGGCCAAGCUGUUCGUUGCCAGCGUCAGUCCACAGACCCGAGCCAGCCUUGCCGCGGCGGUUGGCGGGCGCAUAGGAGAACAUGCGGCAGGAAACAUGAUCGCCCAUCUCCUCGGAGGGGAUGCCGGGCUCAGGUCGGGAGGAAAAUACAACAACGGUUUCACCUGGGUUGUAGAUACAAACACCGCCCGGGAAGCCUGCUUGGUUCUUGGUGCCGAAGAGGCGCUGAGCGAAGGAGCAGGUGCAGGUGCUGGCAGGGCCACGAAGCCCAUCCUUACUGCCAGCUGCCCCGGGUGGGUAUGCUAUGCUGAAAAGACACACCCCCAUGUCCUGCCUCAUCUAUCAAGGGUCAAGUCCCCACAGGCGCUCAUGGGUACUCUGCUGAAGACCACCCUCAGUCAGCUGCUGGGCAUCUCCCCGGAUCGGAUCUGGCACUUGGCAGUAAUGCCUUGCUUCGACAAGAAGCUCGAGGCCAGCCGAGAGGAACUGACGGACUCGGUCUGGGCCGGAGAUGGAAAUCCAGGGAGAGGUGUGAGGGAUGUUGACUGUGUGAUCACCAGCAAGGAGAUCCUGAUGCUCACGGAAUCGAGGGGUCUUGACUUUUUCGGUCUGGGUCAAGAGCCUCCCAAGACCUCCCAAAUAACACCCUUCCCAGAGCCCACCUUACACAAGUUCCUGUUCCCUACACGCCGGAAACAGCAGCGUGAAGUCACGGCCGGUACGUCUGGCGGGAACCUAUACUAUGCGCUGCAGUAUGUUGCAGCUCAGCAUCCCGGGUCGAGGAUAGACACUAUCCGUGGUCGCAAUGCAGAUGUGGUGGAGCACAACGUGGUGUCAGCGGACGGCCGGACGAUAUUCAGGGCCGCCAAAUACUACGGCUUCCGAAACAUCCAGAAUCUCGUCCGAAGGCUGAAGCCGGCGCGGCCGUCGCGCAUGCCCGGUGGCAAGCCCAUCGGUGGCUCCCGCAAGCAGCUCGAGUACCAGUACGUCGAGGUGAUGGCAUGUCCUGGCGGCUGCACCAAUGGUGGAGGACAGAUCAAGGUCGACGAUCCGAUCGUCGUCGAGAGGAAGGGCAUUGCAGCAAAGUCCGGGCCCCAAGAGCAGAAGGAGUGGCUGGCAGAGGUUGACGAGGCGUACUUUUCGGCCGAGGAAACAGAGGCCGACGUGGAGAUGGGUGGGUCUCCUGCAUGGACAGAAGUGGUGGGUGGCAUUUCCGCAGCAUAUAUCCGAGAUACCCUGGCGCAUUGGUCGAGCAUAACUGGCAUAGACAUGGAUAGACUGGUGACGACGACCUAUCGGGAGGUCAUCAGCGAUGUGGGCAAGGACAAGCCCAGCGACACGGAAAGGGUGGUCCAACUAGCUGGCAAGAUAGGCGGUGGUUGGUGA